AUGACGUCCCGAGCGGCUCCCGCCAGUUCCGUCGCCGUCGCGCCUUCCUCCCUCGAUUACCACCAGUCUUCACCCGAACAGCGGAAAAAUAUGCCUCCCAUUGCCCCCCCUCGGACGUCUUCGACGAACUACUCGAGUGCAGCGGCCACCGCGACCACGAAGAGACGCGAUCACGCUGCCGACAAGGCGACUUCCUCACCGCGACGUGGUCAAGCAGAUGCUACGAACGGCAAUGCCGACUACACAUACUCUGACGACGGGUCCGCGUCGCGCAGCAGAAGAUCGCAUCAGCAAAUGGCGCCCGAUUCACCUCAUCGGUCUACUGGGAACAGGCCUGGAAGCCAGCCUACAGUCAUUCCCGUCCGAUCACAUGCCCCGCCCCAGACAACUGCGUCUCCCAAGCAGCCCUCGCGCGAAGCGAGCGAGGUGUUGAACAGAAUGGUGAUUUCUCAGCCUGAAGUUGAUAUCGCCCGCGAAAAAGAGCGACUGACAGAGGCCCAACCUGCUCACAUCGGGUCAUUACAAGAUGAUGCUGCACCGCCCCCCGUCGUUGCGAUGACUGAUCACGAUGAUGGCAGACGAGGAGUCAGAAGCCGGCACGAGCACUCUGGGAAGCGUGAAAAAGUAGUUCGAUUUGGCGACUACAUCCUCGGCAACACAAUUGGCGAGGGUGAGUUCGGAAAAGUCAAACUCGGCUGGAAGAACGAUGGCGGUGUGCAAGUCGCAAUCAAGCUGAUCAAGCGAGACAGUGUGGGCAAUAACCCCUCAAGGCUAGCAAAGAUUUACCGUGAAAUCGCUAUUCUUAGGGGCAUUUCCCACCCCAACAUUGUUCGCCUGCAUGAAAUGGUCGAGACCGAAAGGCAUAUUGGUAUCAUUCUUGAGUACGCUUCUGGAGGUGAAUUGUUCGACUAUAUCCUGAACCACCGAUAUCUCAAGGACAAUGCCGCGCGAAGACUCUUCGCCCAGCUUGUCUCUGGUGUCGGUUAUCUACACAAGAAGGGCAUCGUCCACAGAGAUCUCAAGUUGGAAAACCUGCUUUUGGACCGGAACCGUAACAUCAUCAUUACUGACUUUGGCUUUGCCAACACAUUCGACGCCGAGGAAGAGCUUUCCGAAGAGGAGGAGCUGAAUCUCGGCGACCGCGAGUUCGUCAAGAAGCUGGGCCUGGACAGAGUCAAGACCAAUGGCUCGAGGAAGGGUGACCUGAUGCAGACUAGCUGUGGCAGUCCUUGCUACGCUGCUCCGGAACUCGUCGUUAGCGAUUCUCUGUACACUGGCCGGAAGGUCGAUGUGUGGAGCUGCGGUGUUAUUCUGUAUGCCAUGUUGGCUGGCUACCUCCCCUUCGACGAUGACCCCGCGAACCCUGAGGGCGACAACAUUAAUCUACUGUACAAGUACAUCGUCAACACCCCCCUCACCUUCCCCGAAUACGUAACCCCUCACGCUCGCGAUCUUCUCCGGAGAAUACUGGUUCCCAACCCGAGGAAACGAGCGGAUUUGUUCGAGGUGGCUCGUCAUAGCUGGCUGAACGAGUACGCACACGUCGUCGAGUUCAUCACAAGCAGCACUACGACACCGAACGAGAUCCAGAACACAACCGUACCUUCGGAGGACUUCGUGGAGGAGCCUGGUAUUGGACGUAGCGCAUCGGUCCGCGAGGCCUCGAAGACGAAGGCCAAUGCCCCUACUUCGGUCGGAGGACUGGCGAGCAAGCAUGCCAAGAUCGAUACGGAUGCAGAGGCAGCCGCCAUUGCGAAGCAGCACAAGGACAAUAAGCGUCGUACCGUGCAGGUCGAAUACGUGGCGCCAACAACACAGACUCAAAGAGGGGAGGCGGCUCCGUCGGGCAGCAAAUCCCGGGCGCGCUCAAACAGUCAAGGUCCGGUGGAGGUCGCGGAUGGCCAGGCACUUCAGGACAAACCUCUCCCUAGAGACCCUCCCGUCUCGCGAGACUCGUACAGGGUCGCCAGUCGGCAGAACACGCGCCCGCCAAGCUCUCAUCGGAACACGGCAACGGCUCCUUCAAGGCCAACGCGCGAAACCCGCGCGACAUCCGACAACGCAUUCGUGUCCUCAACGUCGAGCGUACCGGCGACCGGCAGACCCCAAACAGGAAACUCGAUGGCGUCGGGUUCUAUGGGACUGGGAGCCGGGAACCGCACAUCGUACAGCCAGCCAAUCCCCCCCGCCGUUGCGGGCACCAAUGCUCAUGGCCGGAUUCAACAGCCUAGUUCCCAGGAGCCUCAGGCUAUGGGAAGGCCCAGUGUCAGCGUACCCUCAAAGUUUGCUAAGGUUGCAGGAUUCGCCGCAGAGCAGCAAGCCGCCCAGAGCCAGAGCCAGGCCCAGACCCAGACCCCGCCUCAGUCGAGCGAUGGUAGAGGUCACGGACACAAGCGUUCCAACACCAUCGGCUCUCUGCUGGGUCGCAACGGGUCCAUUUUUGGGGGUAAGAACCGCAGCAAACGACCCGAGUCUCAGAUGGCAGACAAGAGCCGGAAGUAUCCUCCGGUCAGCAUGCCCAACAACAUGCCGGCUGAAGGUCAGCCCCGCCCCUCGAUAGACUCGAGGACGUCGAGACACUCCUUCUCCCGGAGCUUCGGAAAGAAGCGAAGCGGUAGCAUCGCCGGUUCCCAGACUUCCCACGAAAAGCCAAACAGAAGGUUUUCGUUGAUCCCGCAAACUUUCUCGCUGAGGGCCAUUGGCUUAGGCAGGGAUUACGACCGGCCGCCGUCGGAGCCUCAGUCUCAGCCUGACCUGCCCAUUCAAGAACCCCCCGAGGUCGACGAGCAUGGACGGUACGUGGAUCGACAAGGUCAAUCGCGGGGCUACGAUGGUGGUCACGACCAGGGGGGGUAUCGACAGCCUCCCGGCUCCAACUCGGCACCGCAGCUUCAGCAUCAAGAUUGGCAGAAUCAGCAACAAGAUUAUCAACAACAGCAGGAGCCGCAGCAUAUGGGCCCAAUCGGGCAACCCAGCUCUGUACCGGGCUAUAUGCAACAGGGUGCGGUUCUCAACACGGGUUCGGAAUCGUCGUUUGAGAAUGGCUACCAGCAAAGAAGGCAGUCGAGCGCAGCAUACCACGGUAGCGGGUUUUCUGAGUCGGAAGGCUACGACCGACAACAGCAGUCCAACUCCCCCCGUGGAAACGGCCGAUCCAGCUUGUUGCAGAAGAAUAAUAAGAGAUUUACGGACGCAGACUACACCGGCCACCAAGGCAGCAGCGGAGCCGCCAAAAGAGUCAUGGAUUUCUUCCGGCGACGGGGCAAAGCGAGAGGCGGCGACGAGAGAUAG